AUGCCACGACGAAAAAUUUGUGAACAUCCGAUAAAGCAUGAAAAAUCUGGAUGUGUACCAAAAGGAGUAAAGGCCGUGUCAUCUGAACUAUCGAAAUUUUUGAUCAGUCAGUACGAUGUGCCUUACACCCGAAUUUGCUGGUUAUGUCCAAGAUGUCAUACAUUUGAAUCGAAGAAAAUGAUGACUCAUCAAUCAGAGAAGCUUAACGACAAUGAAAGUUCAAGUGAUAAUGAAUCAAUGACACAAGGUUCUCCUGUCAAUGAUGAUAGAAAUGAUGAUGAUUAUGUCAAUGUUGAAUUUAAUGAUCUGAAUGAAGAAGAGAAAAAGAAUCCGCUUAUGGACAGCGGCAUCACAGCUGACUCAAACGACGAUGAUGAAUCACCCCGUGCUGAUGAAACAACUGAUCCUGAAUCACCCCGUGUUGAUGAAACAACUGAUCCUGAAUCAAUGGAUGAAGAUAUAUGCCAUGCUUUUUAUGAACUUGAACAUCGAGAAGAAAAAGCGAUGGAACAAUUAUCAAAUGUAUUUCAACUAUUGAACAUAGACCCGAUCCAUGACAGAUCCGCAGUAUUACCCAUUCGAGCCAAAGUCGAUGAGGUAUAUAGAAAACUUAAUCGAUUAUGUGACAUAUUAGAUGAAAAAUCUCACGUUUCGUACGAUCCAAAUCCUCAUGGAUUAAGGAUAUGUGAAUCAAAUGAUCUUUUGGAUGGAUUAAAGAAGUUAUAUGCUGAUAGUAAUGACAGUGAACAAGUUCGUUUGAUGACAAUUGCUCCCGAAGAAUGGGGUCGACAAAAAAUUGAAAAAUGGUUUAAAUCAAAGCCAAAUCAGGCUCGACGAUCGCUUGUUCUUCGAAAAAAUAAUGGGAUAUUAGCCUAUCCACAAUGUCUACGAGGAAAUAUUCCUUUAUCUGAUUCAACAAUUGAUGCUGUAGUCAAUUUCUAUCGUGAAGAUGGUAUUAGUCGAACCUCAUCCAAUUCCAAAGACACAAUUAAAAUUAAAGGACAACCAGUGGCAGUUCGGUUUUUAGAAAUGAGUGUCUUGGAUGCUUAUCACAUCUUCAAUGAACGACAUCCUGAAACUGUUGCAAGAUCAACUUUUAAUGCUCUUCGUCCGCGUGAAGUUAAAACUGUAACACCACAUGAAACGUGUAUGUGUAUUAUACAUGAAAAUAUGGAUCUAUUAUUGAAGGGAUGGAACAACUACUGCCAAAAAUGUGCCAAUGCAGGUUCUUUGUCAACUGGUGUCAAGGUCAAUAUGAAAGAUCUGAUUACUCAAAUGGUUUGCACUAUCUCGAAUGAAAAGUGCUUUAUUGGUGAAUGUGAUAAAUGUCCAACUGAAAGCAUCACAGAUAUUCUCACAGAUAACAAUAUGAUCGAUUUGGAUGACGAAUGUUCAUGGAAUUUGUGGAAGAAAGUCAAUAACAAGUUCGACCUUCAACAGAUGUCUGGCUCAACUGACUCUUUAUUAACGGAAAUUGAAGAAAGAUGGUCUCCAUUCUUGCUUCACACACACAUUAAUCGUGAACAACGUGAAUAUAUCAAAGAGCUACGCUGUCAAUCAACAGAAAAGACUUUCGUUGUUGCUCAAAUAGAUUUUUCAAUGAAUUAUACAUUGGUACGUCAGCGUGAAGUCCAACAAGGAUUUUUUAGUCAGCACCAAGUUACCUUAUUUACAAUUCAUCUGACCAUUGGAAAAGAACAACGAAAUUUAGCGGUCAUCAGUGAUUAUAUGGAACACACAACGGUGUUCGUACACUGUGUACAAAAAAUUCUCACUCAAUUUAUUAAGAAAAAUUUUCCGUUGGUAAAGAAGGUCAAUUAUGUGAGCGAUGGUGCUUGCGCACAUUUUAAAAACAAUGCCAGCAUUUUGAACCUAAUCCACCACAAGAUCGAUUUUGAUUUGGAUGCUUGUUGGACAUUUACAGCUACAGGACAUGGUAAGGGUGCCGGGGAUGGCAUUGGUGCGGUACUCAAGUCCACGGCUAGGCGUGUUACACGUUCCAAGAACAUUCUCAUGUCAAAUGCAAAAGACUUCUACGAAUUCACCCAGAAACAACAACUUGAAACGGCAAGAAGAUCUAACAAGGAUAUUCCUGGUGUUCAUGUGUUCUUUCUUGAAUCAGAUGAAGUAGAAGAAGCGAAGAAAAGUUAUCUGCAAGCUAGAAGCGAAAAACUUCGAGCAACUGGUACAAUACAAGGCAUUCGAAGUAUGCAUGAAUUCAAACCAAUCAACAAUUCGACUGUUCAAUAUAGUUUGACAUCUCAGUCAACAAAGAUCAGGACGUUUACAUUCAAAUAA